AAAUAAAAAUAAAAAUCUGCCGUCUCGGGCGAGUCUGGACUGUGGACGGGAUCCAAUUCCAAGCCAUCCUCGGCAUCGCCAUCAACACUGUGGAGGUGGCGGCGGCCGCACCAACCAAUGGACGAGCCGCGCCCGCUUGACCGGAGUGUGGCGUGUCGAGCCAGACGCCGGCUUGACCUUUAAUAGGCGGAGUAGAGGAGCUUGUGGUGGUGGACUGGGGAGAGGAAGGGGGGGAAGAGGAAAGACCUCCGGGUUGGUAAUGGGCUUGUGGAGCUGCUUCUGCUGCGGCGACUCACUUAGCGCCGGGGGCGACCCGGUCCGGCUGCCGGAGCCGUUCCAGCUGCCGGCGCCCUUGCCCGCGUGGCCGCAAGGAGGGGACUUCGCUAAAGGCACAAUAUGCAUAGGAGAGCUUGAGGUUGUAAAUAUUACCAAGUUCCAGAACAUAUGGAGCUGCUCUGGAGCUACAUUCUAUGAGCCAAAAGAAGUUCCUGGUGGCUUCCACUGCCUUGGGCACUAUGCUCAACAGAAUGACAGACCAUUGCAGGGAUCUCUUCUUGUAGCAAGGGAAGUGGCUAGCUAUCAAUUGAUGAAUAGAGAGCCCGCUCUUGAGAAACCAUUAGAUUACACCCUUGUUUGGACUAAUGCUGACUUGAAUGAAGAUGGCAAUAGUGGGUGCUUCUGGUCGCCAUCACCGCCAAAGGGGUAUAAAGCCCUUGGCUAUGUAGUUACUAGAGGACUAAAGAAGCCAUCACUGGAAGCAGUUCGAUGUGUGCGACAUGAUCUCACAGAUGCAUGUGAAAACUAUAGGUCAGUCAUAAAUAUGGAAAAUUCAUGCCAAGUUUGGAACACAAGGCCUUGCCACCGAGGGAUGGCAGGACGAGGUAUACCUGUUGGUGCAUUCUUCUGUGAAACAGGCGCAGUCAAUAGUGAGGAAUCAAGCAUUCCCUGCUUGAAGAACUUGGACCCAAAAUUGAGAGCCAUGCCCAAUCUAGAUCAGAUUCAUGCACUAAUCAAACACUAUGGCCCAACUGUUUUCUUCCACCCACAAGAGACAUAUUUACCUUCAUCGGUUUCUUGGUUCUUUGAGAAUGGAGCUACACUGCACCAGAAAGGUAUAAAAAUGGGAGACACAAUACUUGCUGGUGGCUCAAACCUGCCUGCUGGUGGGACGAAUGACCAUGAGUACUGGAUUGAUCUCCCAGAUGAUGACAGGAAUGGGUAUGUCAAAGUUGGUAAUUUGAAGAGCGCUGAGCUCUAUGCUCAUGUGAAACCGGCUCAUGGAGGAACCUUCACUGACAUUGCGAUGUGGGUGUUCUGCCCAUUCAAUGGGCCAGCAACAAUAAAGAUUGGAUUUGCAAGCUUUGCUCUACAGAAGGUCGGUAGGCAUACAGGAGACUGGGAGCAUUUCACCCUUCGCAUAAGUAACUUCUCUGGAGAGCUCUCAUCUAUCUACUUCUCAGAGCACAGCGGGGGCGGGUGGACAGAUGCUUGUGAUUUGGAGUUCAUCUCAGGAAAUAAAGCUAUUGUAUAUUCAUCGAGGAACGGGCACGCGAGCUAUGCCCACCCUGGCUGUUAUCUGCAGGGCUCUGAGAAGCUUGGUGUCGGAGUAAGAAACGAUGUCGCCCGAAGCGACCUCUCCGUUGAUUCGAGCACAAAGUAUAAGAUUAUCUCUGCAGAAUACCUAGGAAAUGCCGUGAUCGAGCCAUGCUGGCUGCAGUACAUGAGGGAGUGGGGCCCGACCGUGACAUAUAACUCACGGUCAGAGGUAGACACGGUGCUUAGCUUCUUGCCGUUCUUUCUUCGGUUCACCGCAGAAGCGAUAUUCGACAGUCUUCCUGUGGAGCUGUAUGAGGAGGAAGGACCAACUGGACCGAAGGAGAAAAAUAACUGGGAAGGUGAUGAGCGCUGCUAGGUGUGUCGACCUAGUUACUUAUUUAUGUACCAGACUACCACGGCCACGAGGUGUAUGUGAUGAAAAGGAAUGAUAUGUAUGAUAUGCUUUGCAACAGAAUUUUGGUACGGGGUGGUUUUGGAUCAGUGCUGCGAACCAUAAGGAGCGGUGCACUUUUCUAGUACAAGUUACCUGUCCGGCACUUGUGCGUGUUUUGUACUCCGUCCUUUUCAUAAAGAUUGGAGCGGAUAGUUCAAAACCGUGCCAAUCUUUAUGGAAACAGAGAAAAUACUAGUUUGCACCAGGUCAGCUGUACCAAUAUUCGAUGAACAACAUAAUUUUUCAAAACAGAUGAACAACAUAUAUGGUUGAACGAUCA